ACGGUGGAAUUGUCAUAACGUUGCGCCAUUCACAGCUGACCGCAGUUAAAAUUUUUCAUUCAAUUGUUCAUUAAGACAUAAAAUCAUUAGCAUUAGCAAAAUGCUACGUUUCGUGGCGUUUUUCGCCUUUAUUUUGGCACUCGCCAGUGCUGAUCUUGUGAGAGUUCCAAUGCGCCGCAUACCGACCAUUAGGAAAACUCUAAUGGAAAUGGGAACUGAAUUAUGUCAAAUUCGAUUGAGAUAUGGAAGCCAAGGUCCAGGACCAGAACCACUGUCGAAUUACAUGGAUGCUCAGUACUACGGGGAAAUCGGUAUUGGUACCCCUCCCCAGAAGUUCAAAGUCGUGUUCGACACGGGCUCAUCGAACCUCUGGGUGCCAUCAAAAAAAUGCCACAUCACCAAUAUCGCCUGCCUAAUGCACUCCAAGUACGACAGCUCUAAAUCAUCAACUUUUAAGUCCAAUGGGACAACCUUUGCCAUUCAGUAUGGAUCUGGAAGUCUUUCUGGAUUUUUAUCUACUGACAUUGUUAAUAUUGCAGGAUUCGAAAUCAAAGACCAGGGCUUUGCCGAAGCCCUGAGUGAACCAGGACUGGCUUUCGUGGCAGCUAAAUUUGAUGGUAUCCUGGGUAUGGCAUACAAGACAAUCGCAGUUGAUGGAGUAACUCCCCCAUUCUACGCAAUGUACGAGCAAGGUCUGAUAAACCAGCGAAUCUUCAGUUUCUACCUCAACAGAGAUCCGAAUACUGAUCCUGGCGGUGAAAUGAUCCUAGGAGGUUCGGAUCCAGAUCAUUAUGAUGGAGAGUUUACAUACGUCCCGGUAGAUCGUCAAGCUUAUUGGCAGUUUGGAAUGGAUUCAAUUGUCAUUGGGGAUAAGAAAUUCUGUACAGGUUGUCAAGCAAUUGCUGACACUGGUACCUCCCUUAUCGCUGGACCAGUACAAGAUGUUGCAGCAAUUAACAAAGCAAUAGGUGCUACUCCCAUUAUUUCUGGAGAAGCCAUGAUCAACUGUAAUCUUAUUCCCAAUUUACCUAUUAUCAAAUUUGUCAUUGGCGGAAAAGAAUUCUCACUGACUGGAGACAAUUAUGUUCUCAAAGUUAGUCAAUUUGGAAAGACUGUUUGCCUGAGUGGCUUCAUGGGAAUUGAUAUCCCCCCACCAAAUGGACCUCUUUGGAUCCUUGGUGAUGUAUUCAUCGGUCGUUACUACACGGAAUUCGACAUGGAGAAUAAUCGCCUUGGUUUCGCUAUCGCUAAGUAAAUUUUCCUUCGGAGAUUAAGUGAUUGCUUCAUUGAACGAAAUUAUUGAGCUAAGAAAUUUCAAGGGAAGUCAAUCGUAGAAUAAAUGAAUUGACCAUUUGUUCCUCAUUUUUUGAUUUUUAUAAUUUUUGUCUACUAUCGCGAGGAUUCAUACUCGCAGUGGCAUUAAGAUAUUUUUUCAACUAAGUUUUAAUCGUAUGUAUUCAGAAAUUAUGAUUGAAUUUGAAUAAAUUGAAAAGUUCUGAUA